CAAAAGGUGAGUACAGUUUAUGUUCUUAAACAAGAAAUCUGAAAGGUUAACAGUCUUCACAACAAAGAAAGUUGCAGGCAAGACACAAACUAAGAUGUCUAACAGAAGACUGCUCACUGUUGCCAUGACGAUCAUGGUUAUCGACACAGUGCUUUGUGCUGGAUGUCGUGAUGAGGGCAACGAACAGAAGGGAGGAGAAAUCAUUGUGGACGAGAAAGGUUUUGAGUUCCUAAAACCGUUCCUGAUGCUCCCAGCAGAAAAGCUUCCUGAUUUGUAUCUAGACAUUCACGAAAGGGCCAUCCCAGCAUGGACCUACCCAACAACACCGACAUAUGAUGGAUUAGAGACACCAAGCGGCAUCGCAGUGCCAGACUGUUCCACCUCAACUUGUGAAGAUGGAACGACGGCCCACCCCCUGUACGCCCCGCGACUCGUGGCCUGUCCCUUUACCGAUGAGAACGGUGUGAGGAAGUACAGCGUUCAGAAGAAACAGUUUGCCGUGGCCUGUACAUGCGUUCACGACAAAGUUGCCAACGCGCCUAGGAAACACGGCAAGAAACGUAGAGGGAGGAGGAGGAGGAAAAACGGGGAGGGGCGAAGAAGAUCUAGAAAGAGACAGGGCAAGAAAGGGCGUGGCAGUAAUCUGGAGUAAAAUAAAAAGAGACUCAAAGUAGUUUAAAAAGUAUCUGUAGGUCAUCUGACUAAAGCACAAUAGAGAAGGUAACAACUGGUACCGGUAACAAAGGGACAUAAUGAUUGAUUGUACAGCAUGUUAGAUCAACUGAUGGGAAGUUUUAAAAAAACAUGGCCAGGACUCUAGGUUUAUAGGAGGACUACUUGUACAGUACAUAACAUGCAUUG